UAUGCUCAGUACUGUUCUUCAUAUGGUUAUGUACGAAGAAUGUAGAAAUCAAUGGAGUAUGAGCAGGCCACUUCUUGUAUUAGUAUUACUGCAGCCCGAAUGUUGGACAAACUUGAGGACACAAAUGGAGCAGCAACAACCUGAGAGUAAGAGAGUAAGUAUGUCUAGGUGCUUCGAUAAUCUCAUGGAGGGAAUCGAAAGAAACUUGCUUGUGAAGAAUAGAGACCGAUUCACCCAAAAUCUAAGUGUCUUUAGAAGAGACGUAACGGAAGUUUUAAGAGGAGGAGCAAAUAGACCUGCUGUUAGGGAGAAUGAAGCUAACGGCGCACCCGGUGAAGCUUUAGAUAUGAUGUCGUAA